UGCUGACCUGCAGCACUGGAUGACCUAUAUAGCUGCUGUGUAGAUCUAGCUAUUCUUGGCUGUGUCAAAUUUUCAGAACCAGGUAGAUAAUAGUAUUAUUCCCUAUUAAUAGUAGAUCUAUAUCCCUAUUAUAGAUCUAUAUGUUAGAUCUAUAUAGGUUUAAAUUCUCUAUGCAAAAGACUGAAAAUGGAGUACUGCAUGUACCAAACCAGAGCAAUCUUUAUCUUUCUUCUCUGCAUUGUUGAAGUUUUAGGUCAGUCUAUCUGCUCAACACCACCUACUAUUCAAAAUGGCUACGUCUCUUCAAGUAUACCCCUUUCAGCAACGUACAGCUGCAAUCCUGGAUACCAACUGUCUGGAUCAGCCACAGCAAUUUGCGAAAUUGCCGACAUUGAUUUAUCUUAUUGGGAGUCAGUACCUACAUGUGAAGCUGUCCCCUGUGGUGACCCACUGACCAUUCCCAAUGCGUCCAGGACUUUCACUGGCACAACAUAUUUGGAUACGGCCACCUACACCUGUAACACUGGGUACCAACUGUCAGGAGCAGCUACAGUGACCUGUCAGGCUAGUGGAAGUUGGAGUACAAUACCAAGUUGCUCACUCUCCUGUGGUGACCCUCCAAACAUUCCCAAUGGGUCCAGGACUUUCACUGGUACAACAAUUGGAGAGACAGCCACCUACACCUGUGACGAUGGGUACCAUCCGGUACAACCAGCUACAGUGACAUGUCAGGCUACUGGAAGCUGGGAUCCUGUACCAUUUAUUUGCCUUAUCUCCUGUGGCGACCCUCCAACCAUUCCUAAUGGGUCCAGGACUUUCACUGGCACUAUAUUCGAUAAUACAGCCACCUACACCUGUGACAAUGGGUACCAUCCAGUACAACCAGCUACAGUGACAUGUCGGGCUACUGGAAGCUGGGAUCCUGUACCAUUGAUUUGCCUUAUUUCCUGUGGCAACCCUCCGACAAUUCCCAAUGGGUCCAGGACUUUCACUGGUACGACAAGAGGGGAUACGGCCACCUACACCUGUAACACUGGAUAUCAACAUUCAGGACCAGUGACUUGUCAGGCUAGUGGAAGUUGGAGUACUGCACCAACUUGCACACCUGUUCCCUGUGGUGACCCUCCGACCAUUCCCAAUGGGUCCAGAACUUUCACUGGCACUACAUUUGGAGAUACGGCCACAUACACUUGUAACCCUGGUUAUCAACGUUCAGGAUCAGCUACAGUGAUUUGUCAAGCUAGUGGAAGUUGGAGUACAAGACCAACUUGCCCAUUACCUGUCUCGGAUGCCUGUGGCGACCCUCCGACUAUUCCCAAUGGGUCCAGAACUUUCACUGGCACAACAUUUGGAGAGACGGCCACUUACACCUGUAACACUGGGUACCAACUGUCAGGAGCAGCUAUAGUAAACUGUUUGGCUAGUGAAAGUUGGAGUACUGAACCAACUUGCCCACCUGUUCCCUGUGGAAACCCUCUGACCAUUCCCAAUGGGUCCAGAACUUUCACUGGCACAACAUUUAGAGAGACAGCUACUUACACCUGUAACACAGGAUACCAAUUGUCAGAUCCAUCCACAGUGACCUGUCAGGCUAGUGGAAACUGGAGUACUGAACCAACUUGCACACCUGUCCCCUGUGGUGACCCUCCGAUCAUUCCCAAUGGGUCCAGGACUUUCACUGGCACAACAUUUGGAGAUACGAUCACAUACACUUGUAACCCUGGUUAUCAACGUUCAGGAUCAGCUACAGUGAUUUGUCAAGCUAUUGGAAGUUGGAGUACAAGACCAACUUGCCCAUCACCUGAUCAGCCGGGCUCUUGUAGCGAUCCUCCGACUAUUCUCAAUGGGUCCAGGACUUUCACUACACAUUGUUGUACUGGUACAACAACUGGAGAGACGGCCACCUACACCUGUAACACUGGUUAUCAACUAUCGGGAUCAGCUAUUGUGACCUGUGAGGCUAACGCAACCUGGGCUGCAAAACCAAAUUGUGAUGCCGUCUCCUGUGAGUCUCCUCCCUCUAUUUCCAAUGGGUCACCUGGAACACCAACAAGGACAACAUUUGGAGGGACGGCCACUUACACCUGUGACACUGGGUAUCAACUAUCAGGAUCAGCCACAGUGACCUGUGAGGCUAGUGGAAGCUGGAGUGUUAGACCAAGUUGUAACGCUUCUCAGUCUGGCUCAUGUGACAAUCCUCCAACCAUUCCCACUGGAUCCAGGAUUUUCGUUGGUACAGCAUUUGGAGAGACUGCAUUCUACAGUUGUAACACUGGGUAUCAGCUGUCAGGAGCAGCUAAUGUGACCUGUCAGGCUAGUGGAAGUUGGAGUACUAUACCAAGCUGUACUAUGAUGGAUACGACUGAUUUCACUACUAUUAUUGUGGGCGCUGUGAUGGCGACUGUCAUUGUGUUGCUGAUUGUUGUCUUUGUUGUUGUGAUUGCCUUCAAGAAUUAUCAAAGCAAAAUUCGUGAUUCUAUAAAGAAGAACAGCACCGUUAACAAUGUGACCACCAUCACUGAGGAGACAAUAAUGACUGAUAUUCCACUCAAUGGCAUUCCUCGCUCCAUGAUGAGUCUCCCCUCACUUCCAGCAGAGUAUGAAGAGCCUGAUAUGACGGUAGAAUCAGAGUAUGAGGAGAUAUGGUCCUCUGAGAAUGGUGACAAUGAGCACAUCUUUGCCUUGGGUCCCUGUUCUGCAUACAAGUAGACACUUAUAGUAACUUAAAAAAAGGACUCGAACCACUAUUAGAUCUAGUUAACUUAAUGUGUAUUAAGAUUAAGUGCAGCACUGCAGCAGAGCACUCUAGUUAUAUUGAUAGUACUAUAUGGUUACUAGAGUAAAUUAUUAUUGUUAUCCAUACAACUUCUAUUAUAGUUAUCUUUACCUCUUUACAAUUAUGGCAAUGUUCAAAGUAUCCCUUUCUGUCAAUUUUCUGUGU